GGGAGGCAAACAGCUGAUCCAGGAGGCAGAAGAAGAAGAAGAAGAGGAGGAGGGACAGAUACAGACUCACUCCUACUUAUUUCUGCUCCUCCUGCUGCUGCUUGUGCCCCCGCCCCCCCAUGAUAAGAUAACCACCGGGCUUAUCUCGCGGGUAAUAGCAAGCCAUGAUUCCAGACCCGCCCGAGCCCACCAAGCCGGAGAUCGACCAGCUCCGUGCCUCGGCCAUCCAGAAGAUCGAGGCGGGCGGACCGUUCGACCCGCAGGAUGUGAAGCGGAUCAGGACAGACGACAAGUGGAUCAGGCGGUUCUUGAUGCACCAUGACAACGACCAGAAGCUUUCCCUUGACAUGGUGAUGGCGACGCUCAAGUGGCGACACGAGAACCAGUGUAAUGCCAUUACGAAGGAGAGUGUGCCGCAGGACUUCUUUGAAAAGGGCGCACUCUUCCCCCACAACAGGGACAAGGACGGCUGCAAGAUGUUGUUGUUCCAAGUGCGCAAACACCAGAAAGGAACGCUGGACAUGAACCAGCUCAAGCGCUUCUUCAUCUACUGGCUCGAACGCUUGGAAAGGGAGGAGAAGGGGGAGUGGAUCACAGUGUUCUUCGACAUGUGCGACACGGGGAUGAAGAACAUGGACAUGGAGUUCAUUCAGUACAUGAUCAACCUCUUCCAGAACUACUACCCCUGGAUCCUCAACUACAUCAUUGUCUUUGAGAUGCCCUGGCUGCUCAACGCCAUGUGGAAGAUCAUCAAGUCGUGGCUGCCUCCGAAGAGUGUCCAGAAGAUCAAGUUCGUGGACCGCAAGUCGAUCUCGGAGUUUGUGACGUCGGACCAGUGCCUCACCACCUGGGGCGGAACCGAUGCCUAUGAGUACUCCUUCGAACCCGAGAUGAUGUCCUCCUCCCCCUCGUCUGGCACGGUACCCAACGGGGACAUCGGGGAGAACCGCAAGGUGCACUUCGCCGAGGGCAGCGCACCGUCCUCCCCACUCCGAGGCAAGACUGUGGCGAAGAGGAACCCGUCGAGUGGAGGCGUGUACGUGGACAUCGACCCAGCGGAGGAGCUCGUGUUCAGCAGCUGUCGCAUCGGGGUCACCUCCAGCAUCUUCCUGACCAACCCCAGCGCCAACCCCCUCGCUAUCAAGAUCAAGACCACAUCGCCCGAGAAGUACCGGGUGAAGCCGUCGGUGGGUGUGCUGGAGGCUGAGGGCCAGCUGGAGGUGGGGGUGACGGUGGGGGAGCAGCUGGCACCCUCGGCACUGGUCAGGGACAAGUUCCUGGUGAUGGCCACGCCGGCACCGAACACCGACAUAAGCUCCCAAGAGGUGUCACAGCUGUUCAAGACCGUGGGCAAGGAUGACCUGUUUGAGGCGCGGCUGCGGGUGGGAGUGGCGGCCGAGGACAGCAGCUCCACCGCCUCCGCGAGCGCCACGCCAACCUCCACCAUGCCCCCGGAACUGCUCUCAAAGUUGGACCAGCUGUUACUCAGACAGACGGUGAUCGAGGAACAGCUGCGGUCCGCCCGUCGCCUUGCCUUCCUCCUCCUUGCCAUCCUCGUCGCCGUCCUCUUCUACCUCGUCAUGGCCACCAACAACAUGACCUCCACGCUGCUCCUCCACUCCUCCACACUCCACAAGGCAGGACGGACGGGUCAUGGAGAGGAGUUAUAGCAGGCUUAGUGGUGACGUUUGACCUGAUUUUGACUUAGGUGGACGGUGUGAAUGUGUGCGUGCGUGUGUGUGUGGUUUUUGUUUGGUGUGUCUGUUUUUUGGGUUGGUGUUGAUGUUAUGAUUUGUGUUUUUGGUGGUUUUUCUUUCUUUCUUUCUCUCUCUUUCAAAAUUUUCGUUUUUUUGGUGUUUUUUUCAUUUUUUUUUUUCAAUGUUUACGUUUUGAGUUGCGUCGUGUUUUCAGUUUUCUUGCCUCAUUCAUUUUUUGGUCAGUGAUGUUUUGAGUUGCGUUGUCUGGUGGUUUUCUUUUUUUUCUUUUGUUUCAAUGUUUACGUUUUGAGUUGUGUCGUGUUUUCGGUUUUCUUGUGUCUCGUUCGUUUUUUGGUCAGUGUUUUUUUUAUAGUUGCGUUGUCUUUGGUGGUUUUCUUUUGCUCUCCCUUUUUCCCUCCUUCCUUCUCUUUCUUUCAUUCCUUCCCCUGUUUUUCUCUCCCUUCUAUCUCCUUUCUUGCCAUCUUAUCUCCUCUCUCCUUUGCUUUUCUCUCCUUCUUUUACUUUCUUUCAUUCCUUACCACUGUUUUCUCUCCCUUCCUCCUCCUUUCUUGCCACCCUGUCUCCUCUUUCCUUUCCUUUUCUCUCCUUCCUUCUCUUUCUCUCAUUCCUUUUUUUCUCCCCUUCUUAACCUUUCUUACCAUCCUGUCUCCUCUCUCCUUUCCCUCACCCUCUCCUUCCUUUCAUUCCUUUCCCUGUUAUUUCUCCCUUUCUCCUCUCUUGCCAUCCUGCCCCUUCCUCUCUUUCCUUUCCCUCUCCCUCUCUUUCCUGUUUGCUAAAUGUGUAGGUUUGACAAAGGAUAUAUAACAGGAUUUGGCUGUGCCCUUGAUAGCUUCCUUUAUCCCAUUCUGUUACCCUCCCUCCUUCUCCUUUCCUCCUUUCUUUAUUUUCCUCCCCUUCACUCCUGCCUUCCCAUCUCCUCGUGUUCAUCGAUAAAUGGGUAUAUAGAGUUGGCAACGCAAAAAUUUUCUACAUAUAUAUUCUACUUAUGCGUGUUCCCACCUCUUACUUAGGUCAUGCUCUCUAGUGUGGGUGUGAGUGUGUGUGUGUGUGUGUGUGUGUGUGGUUAGGAGAGGAGAAAAGUACCACAUAUGAUCUAUUUUUGCAUUCAGUCGGUAAGUCAGUUAGUCAGUCAUAGAGCCAGUUUCACAGUCCAACACAGUGUCUUCGUAACAGCCCAAACCAAACUAUAGAAUCCCAUACAAUCCAAAAUGGGGAGGUCUUCGAUGCCACACUAAAUACACAAGACUUUUUCUGUAUAGUUUCAUCAAAUUUGUGAACUUAAAUAUAAACACCAGACACUAUACAAGGAAGUUUCGAGGGCUCUGGUAUUGGUUUGGGAGCUUACUAACCCAUCACGGGGAACUGUGAAACUGGCCCAUAGUCACUCAGUCAGUCAGUCAGUCAUUUAGUCAGUCAGUUAGUCAGUCAGUCCUUCAUGCAGUUUAGAUGAGCAUAGAUUUUGAAGGCAGGUCCAUGGUAUUAGCCUUUCUUUGACCUUUCUACUCAGCAGUCCUUUGGUAACCUAACGUCUCCGGGAUAAAUGUCACGGCUGCUGGGCUGUGUGGUGUUGCUGCCGUGUAGUUAGUGAGGGAGAUGGUUAGUGAGGCCUGUGAGAUGCAGUAUUAGUGUUUGCAAUAUAGCAAGUCAGUUAGCCAGCCAGCCAGCCAGUCAUUCAGUUAGUUAGCUAGUCCAUUAGAGAAUCAGUCAGCCAGUCAACCAGCCAUUCAGAUAGUUAGUUAGCCAGUCCAUUCAACAGUAAGCCAGUCAGCCAUCCAUUCAGAUAGUCAAUUAACCAGUUCAUAAGACAGUUAGUUAGUUAGUUAGUCCAUUAGAGAAUCAGUCAGCCAUUCAAUCAGUCAGUUAACUAGUCCAUUAGAUAAUCAGUCAGCCAGUCAACCAGCCAUUCAGAUAGUCAGUUAGUCAGCCAUUCAGAUAGUUAGUUAGCCAGUCCAUUCAACAGUCAGCCAUCAACCAGCCAUUCAGAUAGUUAGUUAGCCAGUCCAUUCAACAGUCAGCCGUCAACCAGCCAUUCAGAUAGUUAGUUAGCCAGUCCAUUCAACAGUCAGCCAUCCAUUUAGUUAGUCAGUUAGCCAGUUCAUUAGACAAUUAGUUAGCCAGUCAGUCAGGCAGUCCAUUAGACAAUUACUCAAUCAGAAAGUCAGCCACCCACCCAGUCAGUUAGCCAAUUAGUCAAGUAGUUAGCCAGCCAGUCACUUUAGUCAUGGCACAUUUAAGUUGGUCCAGAAGUGCCGCCCCCUCCCUCACCCUCCAUCCAUAGAAACAUUGACUCCUAACACCCCGAGCUCCUUCAUCCAACCAAUCAGCUCCCACAGCAUUGGAAGAAGGGGCGGAGCUUCUGAACCAACUUAGUGUCCAGUGUCUAUAGUCGGCCAUCCACUCAACCCCUCAAGUCAUUCAGAAGUAGAUCCCAGCAACAAGAGAUCAUAUCAGGAGGGUCAUCUCAGUCAUGUCAGCGCUCACAAGGAAUCACUCCGAAGUACUUCCCCAGUUUAUACUCAAGCUUACUUAGACAUGAAGUGUAUCUCAAGCUGUAGGAGGUGACUUGUGACACUUAACCUGGUAGCAGCGGGGAUCAUGUUUCUUAAUGGUCCCUCCAAGCGAGAAAAACGAGAAAAAAUCACCCCUCACACAAACCAUUUCAUAAUAUAUAUCAAAGCAUUAAUGAUCAGAUUAUGCAUCAUCUAUUUUUGGGGGCUUAUAUAAUGGCACAAAUUUGGCCCGUCACUGCUACAUGGUAAAGCCACAAAUUUGGCCCGUCGCUGCUACACGGUAAAGCCACAAAUUUGGCCCGUCGGUGCUACAUGGUAAAGCCACAAAUUUGGCCCGUCGCUGCUACAUGGUAAAGCCACAAAUUUGGCCCGUCGGUGCUACAUGGUAAAGCCACAAAUUUGGCCCGUCGCUGCUACCGGGUUAAUGGGAAAAAACGGAAGCUUUGCAAACAAUUCUACUUAAUAUGUGUGUAUGUGUCGACACUCAUUAUGGGGAAGAUUAAUCAACUCGGGGAGCUCUGCCAAUACUGCUUUAUGACCACUACUGAUGGUGAUGCUCCUUCCCUUGGUGUGUGUGUUUGUGUGUGUGUGUGUAGUGUGGAAGUGUGUGCAUCUCUAGUGUGUGUACGAGUGUGUGUGUGUGUGUGUGGAGGUGAUCAUGAUUUAUAACUAUCCACCUUUUUUUCAUGUAUGCAAAAGGUGACCAACACUUGCUCCUUCUCAUGCAAUUUCUUGGGGGUAUAUAUUGAGUUUAUCGACAACUAUUAACCGAUCUUAUUCGUGCACAGCGUUGACCAAUAGUUACCGGUGUUGAUGUCAUUGAUGGAUGUGCAUAUAGAGGUGACAGACAAACAUAACCUUUAUUUCACGUGUCCGCAAAGGAGAUAAUUGGUUACUGCUGUUGAUAUCAUUGCGUGGGUGUACAUAUUGGGGUGAUGAAGAACUGUGACCCGGACAAUAACCUCCCCGUAGACUAUACCAAUAUAUUUAUGUGUACUGAUGUGAUAAGUAAUCUUAGACCACUUUUAACGUUUUGAAGAGUUUAUAAAUGAGGGACACUGUUUUGCUAUCGCUGGACCAAUGAUCAAGACCACAUCCUUGCAGACAUGAUUCUCUGGGCCAUCUAUAGGGUUCGCACACACACACACAAACACACACUCACACACACACACACACACACCAGGAAUAAACACCAGGAACACAAGAGGACACAGUAAAAAAUUGAGGAAAGGAAGAUGCUCGAGAGACAUAAAGAAAUAUAGCUUCCCGCAAAGAAAUAUAGAGGUUUGGAACAGAUUAAGUGAGGAUGUAGUAUCGGCAAAGAGUGUGCAAAGCUCUAAGGAAAAGUUGGACAAAUACAGAUACGGAGACGGGACCACGCGAGCGUAAGCCCAGGCCCUGUAAAACUACAACUAGGUAAAUACACACACACUCGCUACCUACUUAAUAUACACAUACUUAAUGCCAGAAACAGUACAACACUAAAGACAAACAACAUCAGUAUGACUUCAGAAAUUCAGGCGUAUGGAAUAUUUGUUUAUCCGUGACUGUCAUACUGAGAAUUAACUGACUGAUUCAAUUUCUUCCCGUUGAGAAGUAACAUUGUCUUUAAACUGAUGUAUGUCGCAUAGACCUAAAUCUAAUCACCCCUUACAUUCAUUGGGGUUAGUUCGCAGAGACACAUGAAAACUCACAAAAUCCCCAAAUGAUCAAAGCACACUAAUUUUUCUAAGGGCAUAAGUGACCCAAGAUAGCGCUGAAACACAUUUCUGGUACCUAAAAGCAACAAAAAUCAUUACAAUCUCUAAAAAAUGCAUCCCUAUACUGCACUGCAUAAGCCAUGAUCAUGAACCAUCUCACGUACCCUGAAGUUGCUAAUGUGUUCACUGUUUAACCCAUUGAUCUGUGAACCCAUGAAUGUCGUGUGAGCGGAAGGCGACUCGACAGUUUUUUUUUUUUUUUUUUUUUUUUUUUUUUUUUUUUUUUACAGCAUAGGAGUCAGUUCAAGGGCAUAAAAAAAGGAAACAAAUGUAUGAAAAAAGCCUGCUACUCACUGCUUCUAAAAAGAGUUAGAGGAGUGCCGGCGUGAAACCUCAGCGGUGAAAUAUAGUAAUAGUACCCAGGUGUAGACAUCCUCAUAGAGAACAUCGGUGGUCAUGUACACAGCUUGCCUACAUGUACUCUGUUUAUUUAGACAUCAGACAGGGAGCAAGAGUAGUGAGACGUAGCCAUAUACAGGUGUACGCAGGUGUUUUCCAAAUGUACACAUCUUCCAAGAGAAUAUCAGUGGUAAUGUACAAAGCUUGUUUACCCACUUCUUGAGUGUCUUGACGGCUGACAAAGGAAAUAUUAGUAGUCUGACAUAUAGCAACAUUACGUAAGUGUGCUCAUUGUGUAUGUAUGUGUGUGUGUGUGUGUGUGUGUGUGUGUGUGUAUACAUCUUCCAUCUUGUAGUGCACACAGCUUGCUUAUCUGUCUCUGAUGAGGCAACACACCCAAACAUCACUAGUGUAGAAUGUACGCCAGAUUUUUUAAACAUCGUGUUAGUAUUUAUUAACAGUAUGUGGGUGGUUUGACUAUUUACUGCCAAUUUUGGGACCCAGUUAGAAGUGUUGGAUUUUUGGAGUUAAUUCAUCACAUUGCAACCGUUUUCUCCUUCUUCCUCUUCUUCUUCACCUUAAUUCCUAAUGGGGUCGGCCGCUCCAAUAUGUUGUCGCCAGUAGCUCCUGUCUUCUGCAUCCUCUUCCUCCAGACACACAGUAUCAACAAAACCACCUUACCACGCCUUGAAAAACGACAAGAAAGACUAAUCAGCCACACUUUCAUAUGUUGACUUUUUACCGCCAUUUUUGGGACCCAGUUAGAAGUGUUGGAUUUUUGGAGUUAAUUCAUCAUAUUGCAACCUUUUCCUCCUUCUUCCUCCUCCUCUUCUUCACCUUAAUUCCUAAUGCGAUCUAUGUUGUUGCCAGUAGCUUCUGUCUUCUUCCUCCAGACAUACAAUAUCAACAAAACCAAUGCCUUGAAAAACAGGACCAGAAAUACAAAUCAUCCUCAUUUCUGUUAAUAAAUACUGAUACGAUGUUGAGAAAAUCAGGCGACAGUGUGUGUGUGUGCCAGACAGUCAGCCAGCGUUGGUAUACAAAGGUGAGGUCAGAGCACACACACUUCUUCCGUUAGAUCAGCCAGCCACAGACUCACCAUUGCCGUGUGUCGUGCAGUUAGGGCAGCCAAACGUUUGUACUGUGCAGGAAACGACAACUGUCACUGCCAUUCUGCAACAACCACCCAGUCAGCCAGUCAGUCAGCUAGUAAGUCAGUCAGUCGAGAAAUAUGACUCAUUGAUAGUUUUUAGCCAACAAAUUUUAAGCAGGUUGAGAAUGUUAUGAGUCAAGGAUGUUUUUUGUUUGUGUGUACGUAUGUGAUUUCUACUUUUUGUAUUCUACUACAACCAUGACUACUACUACUACUACUACUACUACUACUACUACUACUACUACUGCUACUACAUCUCUCACUACCAUAAUAAUUGCAAGGUCUAUCUAAAUGAAGUGGAGUAUAGUAGGAAAAUAUAGGAACAAAAAGAUGAUUUAAUGUAUGUGUAUAUGUAUGUAUGUGUGUGUGUGUGUGUGUGUGUAUCAUCAGUAUCCAGAGUUAUAUAUAUACGUGUGAUAAAUAUCUAUAUAAACAUGAUUGUUCUUAUGUAUAAAGUCUAUGAGAAGAACUUUUACAGCGAGGGGUUGAAACUUUAUGGUGAUGAAAUCAUUGUAAUCCAUGACACACACUUUUGCAUCAAGCUGUUCUAUAUAUACUCGUUUUGUAUAGAAAUGCAUAAAGAAGACAUUAUUAGUUAUAUCUAUUCAGUGUCUAAUAUGGGUAAUUGUUAACAUGUCUGUGUUGAAUGUGAUAUCGGCAAAAUAUUAGAUAAGUAGUGCAAUGGGCGUAUGUUUUGAGAGAGAGAGAGAGAGAGAGAGAGAGAGAGAGAGAGAGAGAGAGAGAGAGAGAGAGAGAGAGAGAGAGAGAGAGAGAGAGAGAGAGAGAGACAGACAGAUACAGACAGAGAUAGACAGACAGACAGACAGAGAGGGAGAGAGACAGAGAGAGAGAGAGAGGUGGUGCUAUACUUGGUGAUACCAUUGUUUUGUUUUGCGUACAAGGAAUGGUAACACUUAUAUAACUAGUAUGUACGAUUGAGUAAGGGAACAAACACUCGUCAAUGGCAUUUAUUAUUACUAUGACUGUCAUUUCUUUUUUUUUUGUGUGUGUGUGCGUGUGUGCGUGUAUUCAUAAUUAUGUACUAUGUAUUUACUUACCAUGUUAACUCUUUGCUUGGCACUUUUGAGCUUCUUAAUUUUUUUGUGUAUAAUUUAACUUUUUUUUCUGCAGGUUUGUCUAAUAUGCUGUGAUACCAGGGCAUUAUUUUGUUUGUGUGUGUGUGUGUGUGUGUGUGUGUGUUGGUGUUUUCUCUAUUUUUCAUGUUUACAGCAAAGGAAGGAACUCAAGGGCAAAAACAAAUGAAAACAAAAGUGUAUGUCUGUAUGUGUGUGUAACUUGAGUUUCAGCACACCAGUAAUGUCCUAUACACACAACCUUGCUCAGUGUGUUGUUAGAAUACUUUGCUCAGAGAAUGUUACAGCGGCCACAAGUAACAAACUGGUGUCAGGAGUGAGAUUAAUUAUAUGAGAAAUAGUUAAAAGCUCUCUAAAUACACGAGCUCUCUGUAAACCAAUUUGAUACCAUUAUACAUUUCGUUGCACUAGACACACUAUCAAUCUGUACUGUUAUACUUCAUGCAAAUUGUUGAUCUUUGAAUGUUAUGAAUGUUACAGCGGCCACAAGUAACAAACCGGUGUCAGGAGUGAGAUUAAUUAUAUGAGAAAUAGUUAAAAGCUCUCUAAAUACACGAGCUCUCUGUAAACCAAUUUGAUACCAUUAUACAUUUCUUUGCACUAGACACACUAAAUGGCUAUAAAGGAAUUGAAUCUGUACUGUUAUACUUCAUGCAAAUUGCUGAUAUAUGAAUGGGAGAAUGUAAGAGAGUGUUAACAAGAUAUAUGGAACUUUAAUGACAUUAGAAUCUGUUAGGUGUUUAUAUAAAGGGCUUCCUCAUUUGUCUUAUUCAGGGAAAAGAUCAAGGAACCAAUAUCUGUGAGUGGGAGAGAGUAAAGGGGUGUUGACAAGAUAUUUGGAACUUGUAUUGGCAUCAGAAUCUGUUAGGUGCUUAUAUAAAGGAUUUCCUCAUUUGUCUUAUUCAGGUAAAAUAUCGAGGAACCAAUAUCUGUGAAUGGGAGAAAGUAGGAAAGUGUGAACAAGAUAUUUGGAGUUUGUAUUGCCAUCAGAGUAUGUUAGGUGCUUAUAAACAGGUUGUCAUCAUUUGUCCUAUUCAGGGAAGAGAUCAAGGAACCAAUAUCUUACUUGUGUGUGUUUUGUAUCAUUGUGCCAUCAGUUCGUGUAUGUUAGAUGCUCGUAAAAGGUUUUCAAUAUUCAUCUUAUUCAGGGAAAACAUCAAGGAACCAAUAUCUUACUCGUGUGUUUUGUAGCAUCAAAUACAUACCCUCAGUCUAUUAGGUGGUUAUUAAGAGGUUGUCAUCAUUUGUCUUAUUCAGGGAAAGCAUCAAUGAACCAAUGUCUUACUUAAGUGAUUUUUGUAGCAUCAAGUACAUACCCUCAGUCUAUUAGGUGGUUAUUAAGAGGUUGUCAUCAUUUGUCCUAUUCAGGGAAAGCAUCAAUGAACCAAUGUCUUACUUAAGUGAUUUUUGUAGCAUCAAGUACAUACCAUCAGUCUGUUAGGUGGUUAUAAAAAGGUCUUCAUCAUUUGUCCUAUUCAGGGAAAACAUCAAUGAACCAAUACCUUAGUUGAGUGAUUUUUGUAGCAUCAAGUUCCAUCAGUCUAUUAUGUGGUUAUUAAGAGGUUUUCAUCAUUUGUCUUAUUCAGGGAAAACAUCAAGGAAUCAGUGUGUUGCUUGAGUGAUCUUCGUUGUCUGCUGUUCCGUAUCCCAAGAAAAGUUGUGAAUUGUGGCAGGAAUGAACACUUGACCUAUACAACACAUACUAUGAAACAAGCCACACAGACAGUCAACCUGCAACACACCACCUCACAAACAGUCAACCUUCAACACACCACCACACAGACAGUCAACCUUCAACACACCACCACACAGACAGUCAACCUUCAACACACCACCACACAAACAGUCAACCUUCAACACACCACCACACAGACAGUCAACCUUCAACACACCACCACACAGACAGUCAUCCUUCAACACACCACCACACAAACAGUCAACCUUCAACACACCACCACACAGACAGUCAACCUUCAACACACCACCACACAGACAGUCAACCUUCAACACACCACCACACAAACACAACCAAUCAAAAAACACCUCCAUACCUCCACACAGUACUUUCAAGGCUGGAGGUAAGCAUGGAUCUCUGUAUCUAUCGCCCAUAUUCUCAGACACUUGCGACUCACAACAAAUAUUUCCAAGGGCUGCAAUGAAAGAUUAGUCAGAUUUUCAUGCAUUUUCAUUGUUCAAAGUAGAGAAGCCUUGUCAAACCAUCACUAGGCUCAUAAAACUACCCAUGGAAAGUACUCACUAAUUCUGCAAAAGCCUUAUUAAAUGUGAGUGUGUAAGCCUUGAAGUGUUUAAGAAUGUGAGGUGUCUAGAGCCAAAGGGGCGAGCGUGAUGUUUUAAUGUUUUGAGUUAUGGCUUGCGCAAGAUAGGCGUAACCCUUCUCCAUAAGAAAAAAAUAGUCUGUCUGGCGAAAAGCGACCUUAUAACCGGUGUACAGAGGGAUCAGUGCAGUUAUAACAAAACGGCACUGUUGCUUAACUUUAAAUCCUCAUUACCCAAAACUACAUCAUGGCGUGCUCGCCCCCUUGGCUCUAACGCCUCAUAUGGGCUUAGGUUUUGCAGCCCAUUUUCAUUAGGGGAUGAUGAAGGAAGUACAACCCAUUAUUUACUUACCUGUACCAUGGAUAGCACAAGGAGAGUGAGAUAAGAGUCCACAUAAUUAACUAUAUGUCUAUUAUCAAGAUUACAUUUCCAUAUGGAUGUAUAUUUGUGUAUUUGCAAAGUUAGGCUACGUUUACAUAUAUGUUUUCCCUGUAUUAUAGACUCGCACAAUUUACACUUAUUUUACUAUGGGUAGAAAGAUCACUGUGAAUGUUACCGAUGUUAGGCCGAAUAUUAUAGACAGUUAGGCCCAGGAUCUUCCCCUUAGACCCAGAGCCAUUGAAUAGAAAAGUUUGACCACCUUCAACACUGCCAUAUUACCAAAAGGGCUGCACGAAACUAUAAUUGAUGAUGGUUUUUUUUGUGCUCUAGGAAUUUUUUGAGAUCUUGACGAUGCCUAGAACAUAAAAAAACACUCGUAUCAGCAUCAUUUUUAAUUUUGUACGGCUUUUUUGGGGUAAUGACAAAUCGCCGGUGAUGAAGGUGACCCAACUUUCUUAUUCUACGACUCUGCUUAGACCUAGUGGAUGUGAGCCAGCAGCCGAGUGUCUCUCUACAUGUCCAUCUCCUGUGUCCCAUGUGGUCUGUGAUGCCCUAGUCAGGUGUAGGAGAAAGGUGCAGCACUGGCCUCCGUGUGUGCCAGUCCGCCCGUGUUACAAGCCCGUGUACCAAGCCUGCACAAGCUCCUGUAGCCAUGUGGUCUUGAGUCACUGUGCACCUCAACCCCGGCAUGAGUACGCUGCUCGAUGUAUUCUGUGAUCAUUAAACGUGUAUGUCCGUGUGUGUGUGUGUGUGUGUGUGUGUGUACAUUUUGGGUGGCGUCGGAAGUCCAUGUCUUUCCUCCGCAGGAGCUUAAUUGUCUUGCCGUUACAUUAGUUUUGGAUAUGAUCCCGUUUCCCCCGUUCAUGUUUAGUACAUGUUUGGAUUCAUGACAUUAGGGAAGAUAAAUAUACUAUUAUACUUGUGA